UCCAUCUCCCCUUAUAAAACCACAAUGCUCACUUCUCGUUUCUUCUGUAAACUAGACAAAAAGAGAAGCUACACACAUAUAUAUAAGUAAGAAAGAAAAUCGUCUUGUGAGAUAUCUAUAUAGCUUCAUAUCAUGGAAAUUAACGCCGAAGCAAAUCCUCAAGAAUCAUCGGAAUGGUUCGUAAAAUACCUAAACCGUCAAGGCGACUGGUUAGAAAAAACAAGAGGCAAUCUGAUGGUUGCAGCGACGGUUAUAGCCGGUAUGAGUUUUCAAGUUAUAGUUAAUCCUCCAGGUGGUGUCUGGCAAAGUGAUAAUUGCCCCUCUGGAAAUCAAACUAAUGUCGUACCGGUUUGUAAGGCGAAAGCAGGAACCUCAGUAUUGGAGUAUAGUUCAAAGCGUGUGCUGUAUCUUGGAAUGAUUGUUAGUAGUACGGUAUCAUUUUCUGCCUCUAUGAGUCUACUUCUUCUCAUCAUCAGCGGGUUACGACUGAGGAACCGGAUGAUAAUGGGAAUUCUGGUAACGUUCAUGAUAGCGGCAGUUCUUUGUAUCUCGGCAGCAUUCUUCUUUGCAAUGGCUUUGGUUCAGUCCGACGAUAAAAUAAUUAUUUACGUACUUACGAUUUAUUUGGGAUUUUGGAUCGUGUUUCCUAUAUUAAUCCUCAUCAUCCAACUCGUUCGAUUUAUAGGUUGGAUUAUUUGUUUUUUAUGUUGUUGUUGUUGUCGCCCUCGUCGACGACGAUCUCCUUGACGGUUAUUACCGCUGACUCCAACUCCAGUCCAUUAAAGAAGGAAGAAAUACUUAUAAAAAAAAAAGAAGAAGGAAGAAAUCGUUUGCUCGAACCCACGUAUAAAAUGAGACUGGUGAUCGCUAGAAGAAGAAUCUCUUAUGUUCAUUGUUGUAAGGUUAACUUGUAUGUGCCUUUACUAAAAAAAAAAAAAACUUGUAUGGUGUUUUUAUUGUUUAAUAACUGCAUUC